AUGAGCCUCAGGUGCGUCCUUUCUCGGCUGAGGGAGGCGCUGCGCAGGCGGAAAGAGGUCCCAGGGGCCCACGACGUCCUGUGGAGACGACGGAGUCCAAGGUUCGACGUCCGCAGACUCGAGGAGUCGGGUCGGGCUCUCUCGUUGAUGAGGACCUUUGCGCAGCUGUGCGUAGGGCCCGGCUGGGGGACGCCACCCGGCUGCCCCCUCGGCCAGCCGCUCCGACUCGGGGCCCAAAGGGCCACGCCCCCGGCCGGCCCAGGCGUCCGUUACGUGGUGCUGCGACUCAGCAUGGUGCCUGAGAUAAGGGCGCUCGCGACUCUAGCUCAGUGGAUAUUCCUUGUAGAAGUGCUCGUCCUCUCGUGUCGCAAAGCGCGGACAUCGUUCGGAAAAGCGAGCAGGCUCGUUGUGACCUUCCAGGGCGGAGAGCAGGCCCGGUUUUCCCUCGACCAUUCCAGGCUCUUAGCGGAGGCCCCUCCAACGGAGCAAAGUGCGAACCAAAGAACACGUGUCCUUGCGAGGGAUGACGAGAGUGCAGCGUCAGGAGCGCGUGCGGGAGGCGCAGCAUCGCGCGGCCGCGAGACGGAGCCGGAGAGAGAAGGUCGCCUCCCCCGCGCGUCUCGAAGGACCUCCAGACUCGGCUCUCGCGGAGGUCCUCGGGACGCAGGGAUUCGGGCCGCCAGCGUGAGGCCGUCGCAGGCGCGCCCUUACGCCCGCACCCGCGCCCACGGCUUGGGACAGCCAUGCGGGUGGGCGGGGUGGUGCGUGCGGACGUUGGUCAUGCUGGCGGUGUGGGCGUCGGUGGCGAAGUCCCACGCCCACCAGGACGCCAACGUGUGCCAGCAGAAGUACAACAGAACCGCAGACCAGAUCUGCGAGAGCAUGGACCUGCGGAACAACAUCAGCGCCCUGGAGAAGCUGUGCCUCUGCCGCGUCAUCGACGGCCACCUCCACUUCGUCCUCCAGGAGCAGCGGGACAACGCCUCCAUCGCCCGCCUGAGCCAGUACUCCUUCCCCGGCCUGAGGGAGAUCACGCACCACCUCCUCGUGUACCGCGUCUUCAACCUCACCUCCCUCAGGAGGCUCUUCCCCAACCUCGCCGUCAUCAGGGGCGACGUCCUGUUCCACAACUACGCCCUCGUCAUCUACGACGUGCCGAAUCUGCGGGAGGUCGGCCUCGUCUCGCUCACCGUCAUCCUCAGAGGCUCCGUGCGGAUCGAGCGCAACCCGCGGCUGUGCUUCGUCCACACCGUCGACUGGGAGCACAUCACCGCCAACCGGCUCGCGGAGAACUACAUCAACCGCAACCGCCCGCAGCACGAGUGCCCGGAGUGCCCGCCCGCCCUCGGCUGCUUCCGCUCCAGGCGAUGCGGGGCGCCGCGCUGCUGGGGGCAGCGCCACUGCCAGACGCUGUGCGGAAGCGAGUGUCCCGGAGGCUGUGUGGGAAGCCAGUGUUGUCACGAGGAGUGCCUAGGCGGCUGCCAACGCCCGCACUCUGCCACCAGCUGCCACGCCUGCAGGAACUUGCUCGACGAAGGGCGCUGCACCCAGUCCUGCUCGAGUCCUAAGUUCAAAGUCCUGCAGCACAGGUGCGAGGAGAGGAGCUUCUGCCGGAGGAACUACGUCAUCAAGCUGGACACGAAGGAGUGCGUGAAGCGGUGUCCUUUGGGCUACAACGUGAGCAGCAACUCGGCGGGAGAGAGCCUCUGCGUCCCGUGCGAAGGCUCCGUGUGUCCGAAGGAGUGCGGGGCCGCCGUCGUGAAGAGCGUGAGCCGCGCCCAGGCGCUGCGGGGCUGCACCGUCAUCAGGGGGGACCUCACUGUCAACAUCAACGGCGGCGAGAACAUCGAGCGCGAACUCGAGGAGAACCUGAGCAGCAUCGAGGAAGUCACCGGCUUCGUCAAGGUCUUCCGCUCCAACGUGACGUCACUCGACUUCCUCAGGAACCUCACCAGGAUCGGAGGCAACUCGCUCCUCCACAGCAACUACUCGCUGGUGAUCCUGGACAACCCGCACCUGCGGGCGCUGUGGAACUGGACGGGGCGCGAGCGGCGCCUCACCGUCGAGCGCGGCAAGAUGUUCGUGCAUUCGAACCCGCGCCUCUGCUUCCACCACAUCGAGGCGCUCGUCAACGCCACCAACAUGACGGGCCUUUCGGACACCGACGUUUCCUCCACCUACAACGGGGACAAAGUGCCAUGCAAGGUGACGCCCCUGGAGGCGCGAGUGACGCCCCACCUGUACGGCACGCUGCUGGUGGAGGUGGCCACGUCGGCGCGGCUGCCGCCCGAGGCCGUCUACUACGUCAACUACAAGAAGGCGGAGAAGAACAUCUCGCUGUACGAGGGCGACAGGCCCUGCAGCGACCAGGGGUGGUCGACGAUGGAGGUGGGUCCGGGGAACGGGACGUCGCUCGCGCAGAGGAAGGACCUCAUCAUCGUCAACCUGGAGCCGUUCACCCGCUACGCCGUGUACGUGAAGGCGUACUCGCUGGCGUCCAGCGGGAAGGGCGCGCAGUCGGACGUCCUGUACGCCGUCACGAGGCCCUACCCCAGUCAGAGCGUAAAACCAUGUAACUCCAAGGUAAGUCACUUUAUAUCUCCAUACGGAGAGCGCAGUUCCAAGAUUUAA